GCUUCCGCGGGGCGGGCUCUCUCCCCUCCGUGUUAUUUCUACGGGGGAGAAGCAGGGACGUAAAAGUACUAAAGAAAAAAAAACAAAAAAAAAGCCCCAGAAGACGAUGAGGCCGAUCCGCGACACGAGGAUGGACUGAAUGGAGGCGACGAGCGUCCGCCAGCGGAGAACGAACCCAGCGACGGUCCCCCGGUGAGACGGACACACAAGUUUGGUGAUGAAGUGUCCAACGCGCAAGUUUGGUCUUUGAAAUGCACAGUCAUAGACAUUUCUAUAAUUAAUGAAGAGGAAUGUAGAGGCUCUGCAACCAUUUUGCCACGAGCGGCUUGUUGAGUUCUCCGUAGACGUCCAGCCCUCGGCCUCCCCAUGCCUCCAUCUCCUCUUGACGACAGAAUUGUGGUGGCGCUGCCAAGGCCGAUCCGACCUCAGGAACUCCAACUGCGCCUGGACACCAGCUACCUGGACUCCUUCUCCAACAGCAGCAGCAGCAGCAGCAGCAUCAGUAGUAGUAGCAGCCGCAGAACCAGCAGCAGCAGUAGCAUCAGCAUCAGCAAGACCCUCAUCAGCACCACCGUGGUGAAGAUCCGGGCGACGGCCAAUCUGGUAACGUAUAUGCCCUCAUCCAAGGGCUCCACGCGCUCGUUGUCGUGUGGAUGCAGCAGUGCCAGCUGUUGCUCUGUGACUACCUAUGAGAAGGACAGCCAGAGCCUCAGCCACAGCCAGGUGAGCGCCAGCAGCCCCAACCUCAGCUAUGCCGGGGCCCCCACCUCAAUGGUCAGCAACCAUGAAGCACUAAGCACCCCCAGUCUCACCUCGGGAGCCCUGAAGGCCGUAUCCACCGUGAGGGUCAUCCAUCCCAAUGAGCUGGCCAAGCGGAUGACCUGCUGCCCCAUGGGCCACCCCAUCGGGCCCAUGCCGGUCAUCAUCGACUGCCGGCCCUUCAUGGAGUACAACAAGAGCCACGUGCGGGGGGCCGUGCACAUCAACUGCUCCGACAAGAUCAGCCGGCGGCGGCUGCAGCAGGGCAAGAUCACUGUGCUGGACCUCAUCUCCUGCCGCGAGGGCAAGGACUCCUUUAAGGGCAUCUUCUCCAAAGAGAUUGUGGUUUACGACGAGAGCACCAUGGACCCCCAUCGGCUGACGUCCUCCCAGCCCCUGCACGUGGUCCUGGAUUCUCUCAGGAGGGAGGGCAAGGACCCCAUCAUCCUCAAAGGAGGCCUUAGCUGCUUCAGGCACAGCCACGAGAACCUGUGCGAGCAUUCGCUGCACCUCCGCGAGGGCUCGGACCCGGGCGCCGCCGCUGGCCUGACGGGGCCGCUACCUCACUCCCUGCCCUCCACCCCGGACAUAGAGAACGCAGAGCUGACCCCCAUCCUGCCCUUCGUCUACCUGGGGAACGAGCACGACGCCCACAACGCCAACCUGCUGCAGCGCUGGAACAUCGGCUACAUCCUGAACGUGACCACCCACCUGCCGCUCUACCACUACGACACGGGCCUCUUCGUCUACAAGCGCUUACCCGCCACCGACAGCAACAAGCAGAACCUGCGGCAGUACUUCGAGGAGGCGUUUGAAUUCAUCGAGGAAGCACAUCAAUCAGGCAUGGGCCUUCUGAUCCACUGCCAGGCAGGCGUGUCUCGUUCAGCCACCAUCGUGAUCGCCUACCUGAUGAAGCACACCUGGAUGACCAUGACAGACGCCUACAAGUUUGUCAAGACCAGGAGGCCCAUCAUCUCCCCGAACCUCAACUUCAUGGGCCAGCUGCUGGAGUUCGAGGAGGACCUGAACAACGGGAUAACGCCGCGCAUCCUCACGCCAAAGCUGAUCGGUGUGGAGACGGUCGUCUAAACGAACCCCCCCCCGACCACCCACCCCCCCGAGUCCGACUUGAUGCUAAAACUUGCGCUCGCUGUUUUUCAAGAGAGGCCAGCUGGUUUGGAGCGCGAGAGAGAAAGAGAGAGACGAUGUGUUCUCCUCGAAUCUCCUCAUGCUCAUCGUGGACUCUCUCUGGCGGUGCCAAAGCUCUGGGUCAGCGGUGAUGACAAAUGCCAAAAAAUCCCUGCUGCUUGGACCUGGACGAUGUCCCGGAGGAGACGCUGGAGAGAGAGAGAGGAGGCGGUCAGUGGAGAGAUUUCCAUUUGCGACCACAGAGGAGCGAAUAUGAGGGAAAAGAAAAAUCUGAAAAAUAUACUACGUGCUUAGGGACAAUAACUGACAAAAGAAAAGACUCUUAACGUUCACACUGUGGCACAGAGUUAAUGUUUGCCGACUCAGGCAGGGAGCUGGCCACGGCAGUGCCUGUCAAAAAAGAAAAAAAAAUAGAUGAAGACAUGUUUGGUGUGUUAAUGUUGUUGUUCUAUUUUUAUACAGGGGUUUAUGGGGUGACCAUGACGAGCCCACCGCGGCUCACUGUGCAAUAAUUUCAGAGUGGAAUGCAACUGAGACCUUGAUCUUAUGUGUAUAUAUGGGUUACGAUUAUGAAACAUUUCCAGCUCUUUGCUGAAAAACCAUUUUGAUGUUAUUGUGAAUACUGUCCUUCAGUUCUGUACGUUUAUGUCGAUGGUGCAGACGGUUAUGCUGUAAUAUUUGGCGCAGAUUUGUGCACGAGAUAGAAAACAAAAAGGGUUUUAUUUUGUUUUCAUGAGCUUAUUUGUGUGUCGGUCAAACCCACAAGUUCAUAUUUCACGUGUUCGCUUCAGUAUUUGCAUUUUGCCAUUCCUGCAUCUACAGAAGCAUAUAUUUUAGCAAUAUAUUAUAUCAGACAGCCAUAAGCGCUUUUAUUUCAUGCAGAGGAGAGAACACGUUGAAAUAAUCUGAGAACUUUGUAAAACAGGGCUACCGGUGAUGUUUAAUGUAACAGAGUGGAGGAAUUUCACUGCCUGCUUCUAUCUCCUCUGCUCUUUUUGCUUUCUGCUCUAACUCAUUCAUGGGCCCGCUCUGUUGUAACGUACCCAUGUUACCGUCCCAUUGUGGCCACAUGUAAUGUUUGAAUUUUUUGUAUUAAUGCACUUGAUUUUGAUCCCUUCUGGAGUAGCAGAGUCGAGGUGCACACUUCAAACAAACACACGCCUCCUCCCGAGGGUCACAGCUUUGGUUUGAGCAGCGUGACCCUGGUUUUAAUCUUUUUGCAACUCUCUCCGUCACUGACACUAAGCUACAGUUAAGUGAGCUCUCCAGCCUCGCGAGGGGCGCGAGCUGCCGUCACGUGCUGCUCUAGUGCCUCUAUCAAUGCCUUAAUUCAUGUGUCUCCAGUGGGCCUGCGCACGGUGCACCAUCACGUGCAGACGGCUGCAGAUCACACACCGAAUUUGUUUUGCCCCCCCCUGUAAAAAGCUGUGUGUAACAUACAAAGAAUGAUUCCUGCAAAUCCCGAUAAACGUGCAGUUUUACAGAGAUGCAUUCAGAGAUGCAAAAAAAUAAACAAUCCUCGAGGUGAAAAUAACCAUUAUGUAACUUGGAAGGAGAAACUGUGCACCACCGUGAUUUGUAAAUCAACUUGGCACUUAAUCGUAGAGUAGUAAAAAGUACACACACACACAAAGUUUACCCAGCACCUGAAAAUACUCAUCUUUGACCCAGUUUACACACAAGUACAUAUCCAGACAGACAUGAAGAGGAAAGACUUAAAACAAAUCUCAACUUAAUGGUGCAACUUCUUCAUGCCUUCAUCAUGGGACUGCAGUGGACUUGCUGUUUGACCAUGUGUACAAUGGACGACAACUCAAUUUUGAUUUACAGACCCCUCACGUCUGCACUGGUAUACUUUUUGUUUAAAAAGUAAAAAAACUGAGAUUUUAAGAAUUAUCCCGUAAUAUUACAAGAAAUAAUUUGAACCAUUAUGACUUUACUCUUGUAGUAUUGUGACUGUAUUCUUGUAAAGUUACAACUUUAUCCCGGUGAUAUUACGACUUUAUUCUUGUAAGAGUACAACUUUAUUCUUGUAAGAGUACAACUUAUUGCUUGUAAUAUUCCUACUUAAGUCUCAGAUUUUCUUCCCUUGAAGUGGCCCGAAUACUCCAUCGUACUGUUCAGUUGUCUGUUGUUAGAUAAAGGCAUAAAAUGAAGCACAGUGCUAACACCAUCAUUGUCGAGAAACAUGUAUUUUUUUGCAAAUAUCUCUGUAAACUGUUCUAUCGUCUCAAAUGAACCCAAUAUUUUCAGAAUGAUCGGAGUGCUCGUAGCAUAACGAACACAAACACACUCAGUCAGGCUUUACGACACCAACAUCCACAACAAUAAGCUUCGAAAAUCCCUCAUGUGAAAAUUCAUGCUAUGCAAAAAUGAAACUGUAACAGGUCGGUGUUCCUGAACCCCGACCGUCAUUAAAUCACGUUUCGAGGUGUGUGCGAACAUUUCAACGUUAAACGCAUGAACAAGUUUCGCAGCCUCGGACUGAAGUGAGUUUUUACGUACGACUUAUCGACAGGAACGUUAAAAACAAAUGUUUGUGUGUGGGGAGGGCGUGUCCCCACUUGUGUUUUUGUUGCGGUUGUCAUUGGUGUUUCUACUGGUGCUCCACGAUAGAUUUGAAUACGAUUAACAAAAAAAAGGAUAAAAAAGGUAUGUAGCGACCAUUUAACACACGUUUGUAGCUUGUGCGUUUAUUUUCAGUGAUUUGCACUAAAAAAAGAACACAAAGGAAAAAAGAGAGUGCUUAUCAUCUGAGCCGGUGUUAUAUAAGAAUACUGUACCUUUUUUUUGUCCGAUCUGCCAGUUUCUACGACCGCAGCGGCACUUGGCUUUUUUUUUGUACGUAGCGAAUCUAUCUGACUGAACAAUGUAACCGUCGUACUGUAAAUUUCUCUCUCCGGUUGGAAAAGAAGCAUGCUGUGUGCUCCUGGUCUGUGAGGGACACUCGCAGCCGUUAUGGUGCUGUCCGUCUUUCCCACACUGCUCUUUGUGUAGAGGUCACAGCCUGACCCACGGCUCCGAGAGGCGCCUGGGACUGCUCCCUUUUAUUUGGAAACACAGUUCUGUAUUAGAACGAUAUCAGGCUGUGCACUCUUUUACGAACUAGACUUGUUUAAGAGUCUCCACUUUGGGCUUCGCUCUACAAGUCUCCGUAUCUUUCUCGUGUCUGUGGUCAAUGGUCAAGUAUAUACAGUAUAUAAAUAUAUAUAUCUAUUUUCUUUGUAUGCAUAUAUUCAUUACUAUUUUUGCACUGACCUACGGACAGAUGGAUUUAUUUUUUUCCACAAAGGGUGCUAUUAUAACGGAGGCCUUCUCCCACACCUUUUUGCAUGACUUGCUCAAAAAUUCCUCAACUGGUCUGUCAUCUCUCCGACUCUUCUCCUACUACUCCUUGAACUGUUGCAAUUGAAGCACUGUAAUUUUGUAAUCCCUACUUGUGAGCUUUGAAAUAAACAGGGAGGCUUCAAGUUUG